AUGAACUUCGAAAGUGCAAGUCGCUUCUACAGGUCUCGAAUCACGGCGCCCAAAGGCCUGAAAGCGCUCGUUCUGGACGCCGACACGUUGCCAACCUUCGCGACGCUUUUGACGCAAACAGAGGCGCUCAGAGAAGACUUUGUGCUCGUGGAGAAGCUAGAGAACCUUGUUCAGGAGCCAGCUCGCGACCGACAAGUAUACGUCACAGGCAUCGUGGUUGGUCGUCCUUCCACGGAAACGUUGCUGGCGCUGCGGCGGGAACUGGCGCAACCGCACUUUGGUGCGUACCACAUCUUCCUCGUGAACCUCAUUCGCCGCACUUUGCUGGAGGAUCUCGCAGACGCGGACGCAUCUCUGGAAAGCGUGGUCCAUGUCGAGGAAAUCUACUUUGACUUUCUUCCCUGGAGCCCGUGGGUUGCCACCGGAGGCGGCCUCUGCGACGCGCCUGUUCAGAACGAGCCGCGGCUUCCUGUUGCCGGCCUUGCCCCGCACCAGCUCACCUUGGAUCGCCAACUGGAUACCUUAUUCAGCAUCCUGGUCUCUUUGAAACAGAAACCGGCUUCUCUUCGGGUCCUGCGCUCCUUCCGAAGCUGCCGUGCGCUUGCAGAACGGCUCGCAGUGCGUAUUGACCAGGAGUCGCGACUUUGGGAAGUACCAGCGACUGACCCCUCACCAGGGACUUCACCGUUGAGCGCUCAUGGAGCAGGCUCUAAACGCUGCCUAGUCGUGAUCUUGGAUCGGAGAGAGGAUCCGGUCACUCCUCUGCUGACGCAGUGGACGUACGAAGCCAUGCUGCAUCAAUUCUUCGGCAUCCGAGCGGGUCGGGUUCGAAUACCUACCACUUUAGAGGGAAAAGAUCCGCCACACGCAGCAGCACCGCAGGAACAAGAGUACAUCGUACUUCCCGAGAGCGAUGACUUCUACGCAGCGAAUCGGUAUGCGACGUUCGGGGACAUCGGGGAGGCCGUUCAUCGGCUUGUGGCCUCCUUUCAAGAACGUCGCCAUGCCGCUCUUGCGCAUGUCACCGACGCUGCCCGACAGGAUGCAGCGCUCGCGGAUCCCACUGCUGUAGCACCGGGCAUCGACAUUGCCACGAAUGGGGACUACGACGCAACCGAUACGGAGCGCAUGACGCAGAUCCUCGAAUUCUUCCCUGAGUUUCGUCGGCAAUCGCAGUUGGCAAGCAAACACGUCGCACUGAUUAGCGCGCUGAGCCAGCAAGUGAAGGAGCGAGCGCUUUUGCAGAUGUCGCAAAUUGAGCAGGAUGUGGUUUCUCGGGAUGCUGAACAGGAGCAUCUGCGACGCUUUCGGGACUGGGUGCGGCUCGUCGCAGACGGGAAGGCAUCCACUUUGGGGAUGCGCUCGGCGCGACUCGCAGACGCCUGGAGACUGGCUGCUCUGCUUGCGCUCCGGUACGAGAGUACGCGACCGGAACUGUUGCAGCAGGUCAAACGACUACUGCACGAGCAGUUGCAGAUGCCUAGUUCGGAGCUAGCCGCGUUGGACAUGCUCUUGCAGACCUGUGGCUCCAAACACCGUUCUCUGGACUUGUUCGGUAACCGUGACCUAUUCGCGCGCGCCAAAAAUACGCUGAGACGUGGAUUUAGCGCCAGCGUGGAUAACCAGUAUAUCCAGCAUGAACCACUUCUCGCACAAGUCAUGGAGGACGCUGCACGUGGGCGCUUGCCCACGGACACUUUCGAGGAGCUGCUGCCAAGUGCGUCUGCGGACGGCUCUCCAUUUUCGGUGGUGAUCGUCUACGUCAUAGGCGGCAUCACUGCCGAGGAGACGCGCAUGACCGCGGCGUUUCAGGGUGACACCACAGCACGUAUCGGCAGUAGGCGGGAUUUCCAAAGCAUACCCAAGGGUACUACGUUUUACGUAGCCGGAGACCUGAUGCACACACCGGGGUCGUUUCGGGAACGCUACGCGCUCAGCCGUGCGCUGUAA